AUGGCGGUCUCCGUGGAUCCGCCGCCGGAGCUGCCCCUGGGGGAUGUGGAGACCUUGGUGGUCUCCUGCAACAAGGAUGGCAUGGAUCGGCUGCGGCAAGGGGACAUCAAGGCUGCCUUCGAACAGUUUAAGUAUGCCGAGGCUAUCCUGCUGGCAAACCAAAUGGAAGGCGAUAGCACGGCCCUGCUUGCCACUACCUGCAACAACCUUGGCUGCUAUUACAAAAAGGUAGGCAAGUUUCAUGGCGCCUUGGGCUACCUCAGGCGAGCACUGAAGCUUGAAGUGGAGCUCAAAGCCGACGAGGUGACACUGGCGGGCACCCAUCUCAAUCUUUGCACAGUGCUCUCCAAGCUGGAGAAGCACGACAAGGCGCUGCAGCAUUCUCUAGUUGCUCUGGAUAUGCUGAACAAGAAGAUCGAGACUGUGGACACUCAGGCAAGCGAAGACGAUUACACGAUCCUCUCCAUUGCUUACCACAACGUCGGCCUUGAGCGUGAGCACAUGCAACAGUGGGACCAGGCGACCAUCGCCUUCCGAACUGGAUAUGAAGUCGCCAAGCGAUUCCUAGGAGAAAGCCAUGCUCUCACUGUGACGCUGCUGAACAACUCCAACGCCGUCCUGAAGAAGUCAAAGGACCUACAGGAGCAGCCUGGAUGCACGGGACCCAAGGCCCGCAGCUUCCAGCAGGCGCCGGAGAGCCCCAGCGCCGUCGAGGAGAAGCCAGCUGAGGGUACGCUUGGUACGGUCACGCUGCCUCCACUUGUUCCCAAGGAGAAGGAGGGCUCCAAAGCGCCCUCCAAGCGUGCCACUGCGGAUGCUGCCGACUUCCUCAGGAAUGAGGAGAUGCUGUGGGCAAAUUUCGCGGCCAAGACGCUCCAUAGUACUGGGCCCGCCAUCGAAGAUGACUUGCCCAAGGAGGGUGCUGAGGAGGAGGAUCCGCUGGACAACGAUGACGCAAUGGCUCGUCACCCCUUGAAUAAGGCGGCUCUCGUGUCCAUGCAGGACCUAGGCCUCAUCCUGCCGACAGCUUAUGACCAGGGCCUCUUCCGCUUUCAGGAGAAUCGAGGAAUGAAUACGAACCACAACGUCCUCGCAAAGGCGAUGAACGAUCAUCCUAAAGCCUUGAUGGACAUCAUCGAUGCCGAGGUGGACUGCGAGCCAUCGAUGUCUGCACCUAACGACUUCCGUCCAAAUCGCUCCAUGAAGCGAUCAACGCGCACUGCUAAGGUCGUGAGGAGAACGGGUGUGUUCAACUCUACGACCUUCCGCGACAAGGUCAUGGAGGAUCGCUUGCGGCUGGCAGCGGGCGGGAAGACAGCCACUGUGCAGGAGCAGAAUGCUGCUGCCUCAAUCAUUCAGAUCACCUGGCGGAACUGGCACAAGUACCUCCAGGAGAACUCUGAGUGGAUCACAGUCACCUGGAUUUGUGCCACCAUGAUACAGUCCCACUGGCGGUCCUACCACGUGCGCCGCGUGAAGCUGGACAGAAUGGUGACCAACAUCCAGAAGAUUGUCAGAGGAGUUCUUGUCCGCAGGGCAAUGCGUCAGCACCGUGCUGCGGUGACCAUCCAGAAGCGAGUAGUGGGCAUCCUCACAAGGAUGCGCAUGAAGAAGCUUAAUACAGCAGCGAGGAAUAUGCAGAGACUAGCACGUGGCUUCCUGGCCCGGCGAAGAUAUCAACGCUUCUUCACCUUCAAGGUGAGUAAAGUGAUUUGUAUCGAACGCUUCGUGCGCGCCCGGCUGGCAAAGAAACGGAUCGCAGAGAAGCGCGAGGAGGCGGAACAGCAGCGAGUCCUCGACAAGGCCUCGAUUGACUUGCAGCGCCUCUACCGAGGGUGGAAGGGCAGAGCUGUUGCGUUUGCCCGCUACUCGGAUGCCCUCCAGGCCAAGUUGGAAUACGACUCCGCCACCAAGAUCCAGUCCUUGUUCCGGGCACGGAAGGCCCGCAAGCGAGUAGACGUCAUGCGCGACCAGCGCUUGAAAGAGAUGGAGGCGGCGGCCACAUACCUUCGGAAGAUGUGGCUUGGUGUUCAGACACGGAACCAGUACCUAAAGCUGAAGAAGGAUUUCGAGAGGGCCGAGAAGACCAUCAUCACUAUCCAGCGUUACACCCGAGGCUGCCUCUGCAGAGGCAGGCUCUGGCGUGAAGCGGUGGAGCAGGAAGAGCGGGUCUGGGCCGCCAUCGAAAUCCAACGGCGCUGGCGCGGCUAUCGCGGCCGCGUACGCUGGGAGAACAGCCUCGAGCAGCUGUGGCGACGUGAGAUGGCAGCAGCCAUGCUCCAACGCAACCUCCGGGGCUGGGUCGCGCGAGCCAAGAUCGCGAAGCGCAAGCGAAAGGCCGCGCGGGAGGAGUUUGAGAAG